AUGAACGCAAACGUAUAUGAAGCAAGCCAUAACCUCGUCAAAGGUCCAAAUGGAUCAAUUCUUUCACCGGAUGAAUGCCUUGGUUUAAGGUUGAACCAUAUCGUUCCAAUCCCAUUAUUGACUAGAGACGAAUUACAAACGAGAUUACCCACUAUUGAUACGAAAGUGGUGCAUUACUUUUUGACACAACUCAUCUUACAAAGGUACCCGCAUCUAGUGAAACGAUUCGAUGAGACCAGUCUCAUCACAAUUAGUUGGUUAUUGGAGAAAUGGAUCGAAGAUUACUUAGUGCUGCCGGAAACUGGAUCCGUGUCUGAAGGGGUUUCUCAACAGAUUAGCAAGGAUAUAAAUUACAGAUACUCACCAGCUGAUAUUUAG